AUGUGGACGUGCGGUUUGCGCCUGCCAUUUGUGGCUUUCUCGCCUCGACCCCCAGUCUCGCCGAGCUUCUGCCGACGAUCUCUGUACCCUUGCGCCACAGCGAAUCAGCGCACUGUCCAAAAGUCAAAACGAGUCUAUAGGACAGCAUCGAAGAAGCGGCUGUUCCGAAGAGCCGGCAGGACCGACAGAGUCCGACGAUCUGGCCUCCAAUCGCGCGCCGCGGGCGGAUUGCAGCAAAGUUUGACACAUGCACACCACGCUUGCAUCGACCUCGACAUCGCGGCCCGAGCACCGUUGGACCGGAUGUCGACUGCUGCCGGUGGCCGGGACGAUGCAAGCAAGCACGCCAACCCGCAGGGACCUUUUUGGCGCUUGAUCGGUAGCCGCAAGCAUCCCGAUCCGCAACCGAAAGACGCUUGGAAGUCGGGUCUGUACCGAUGCUCAGAUGUAACAGCUUUACAUUUUUUCCCCGACCGAGUUCCGCGAAGAAGGUCUUGA